CCAAGCAGGAAACCUUCUUCUUCUUCUUCUUCUUCUUCUUCUUCUCCUUCCAGAUUUUCUACACAUUCAUCAGUGCGCAGUGUGCAGCAAUGGAGACUGGCAUCACCUGCCGCGCACGCAGCGUCCUCCUCCCGGGCGUCUCGUCUCAACAAUAUCCUUCCACUUCGCUUCUUUCUCCAUCCAUCGUCUCCUGCAAGAAUCUGAAAUCGAGCUCACUGUUUGGGGACUCAUUGAUGGUAAUGCCCAGGGCAUCAACCAAGGUGUUGAGGGUGAAGAACUCCUCCCUUGUAACCAGAUGCGAGAUUGGUGAUAGCCUGGAAGAGUUCCUCACAAAGGCAACUCCAGAUAAGGGGCUGAUCAGGCUGAUGAUGUGCAUGGGGGAAGCACUUAGAACCAUUGCCUUCAAAGUCAGAACAGCUUCUUGCGGAGGAACAGCCUGUGUCAACACCUUUGGAGAUGAGCAGCUGGCAGUCGAUUUGCUUGCCAAUAAGCUCCUGUUUGAGGCCUUGAAUUACUCCCACUAUUGCAAAUAUGCUUGCUCUGAGGAAGAGCCUGAACUCCAAGACAUGGGAGGCCCUGCUGAAGGUGGAUUCAGUGUUGCCUUUGAUCCACUGGAUGGCUCUAGCAUCGUUGACACAAAUUUCACGGUUGGCACCAUCUUUGGGGUAUGGCCCGGUGACAAGUUAACUGGCGUAACCGGAAGAGAUCAGGUUGCUGCAGCCAUGGGAAUUUAUGGACCUCGAACUACAUACAUCAUUGCUCUUAAGGACAUACCAGGCACCCAUGAGUUCCUUCUUCUUGAUGAAGGAAAAUGGCAACAUGUCAAAGACACGACAGAGAUCGGAGAAGGAAAGAUGUUCUCUCCUGGAAAUCUGAGAGCCACAUCUGACAACCCUGAAUAUCAAAAGCUGAUCAACUACUAUGUAACCGAGAAAUACACAUUGCGAUACACCGGAGGAAUGGUACCGGAUGUUAAUCAGAUCAUUGUGAAGGAGAAAGGUGUGUUCACAAACGUGGCCUCUCCAUCAGCCAAAGCCAAGCUGAGGCUGCUGUUCGAGGUGGCUCCUUUGGGGUUCCUGAUUGAAAAGGCGGGGGGCUAUAGCAGCAAUGGCAAGCAGUCGGUGCUGGACAUGGUGAUCAACAAUCUUGACGACAGGACUCAAGUAGCUUAUGGAUCGAAGAACGAGAUAAUCCGGUUUGAAGAAACACUAUAUGGUUCUUCGAGGCUCAAGGCUGGUGUGCCUGUUGGAGCUGCUGCUUAAUUUGCUCAUAUGCCUUGUUUUCUUGCCUUUAAUUUCUCCGGGAAGCAAAAUCAAUUAAAGCUCCUCUCUAGCUAUAUAUACAUAUCGAGAGAGAGAGAGAGAGAGAGAUGGCAGGUUGUAUGGUGGUUUGUUGAAGAUGAUGUACUCGGUUGGAGGAAAGACUCAAGUUGAGAAUGCGUAUGAUGAAGAUCCCAUCACUGCAAUUUGUACAACAACAUCCUGUUACCAUUUUAAGUUUUUAAUGAGUGAGGGAGAGCUAACUUUUGCUUAGUUUA